CAGAAGUUAUUCGUACGUUUUAAAAGUAUUAUUCGUUGAAUUUAAUCAUCAUGACUGAGACAUCAGCAUCACCAACUCCAGUCGAAGAGAAGGCAGCUGCCAAGGUCGAUUCGCCUAAAAAAGCAGCUGCUAAGAAACCAGCAACUAAAGCAACUCAUCCAAGUGCUGCUGAUAUGGUUAUUGCUGCCAUCAAAUCUCUUGGUGAACGUGGGGGAUCAUCUCUUCAGGCCAUCAAGAAAUACAUCGCUGCAACCUACAAGGUCGAUAUUGAAAAACAAGCACCGUUCAUCAAGAAGUCUCUCAGGGCAGCUGUCAUCAAGGGAACUCUUGUUCAGACCAAAGGAAAAGGUGCUUCUGGAUCAUUCAAACUCCCAGUCGAGAAACCAGCAUCUAAACCUAAAGCAGCUGUGAAGAAACCCGCUGCUGCUAAAAAACCUGCAGCUGCCAAAAAACCAGCAGCCAAGAAAGUAACUGGUGAAGCCAAAACUGUGAAAAAACCUGCAUCACCUAAAAAGGCACCAGCUAAGAAAUCUGUGCCAAAGAAACCAGCAGCUAAAGCUCCAACUAAAACUAGAACAGCCGCUUCUCCUAAAACUAAAAAAGCUACAAAAACUCCAACAGCCAAGCCCAAGUCACCUAAGCCAAAGAAAGUUGCUGCACCAAAAACAGUGAAAGCUCCAGCAAAAAAAGCUGCAACAGUUAAAAAAUAAAUUCUCACUCGUACAUUCCUUAGGAAUGCCUGAUCUUUAAAUACUUGAAAUACAUAUGUAAAAAAUGAAACAAACGGUCCUUUUCAGGACCAACCAAAUUUUUCAAAACGUAUCCUAAUUCUUUAAGAUUAUUAUUUAUCUUAUAUUACAAUAUUCCAAAACGGAGUAAAAAUAUUUUCGUUGCAUAAUUAAUAUAAUAAUUUUGUUAUGAAUAAAUUUCUCCUACGUUACAGUGGCAAAUAACUUUCAGCGACCCUGAUUUAUUAAUAUUAAAAUCCGGUUCUGAAAGACUGAGUACUGCUUCCAAUAGUGCCUUUAUCCAGAACGUCGAGAAUUAACAAGGUAACUCCUCUGUUAUAAUUCUAAACCAAUAAUUCCACAAAUACCCAAUAUUUUUGUCAUUAUUAUCAUUUAGGCCUUGAGCGAUAAAAUAGAGAUGUUUGAAAGUUAUAAGAUUUACGAAAAUCGAGUUUCAAAGCUUUCGAAAAAAAUUUUGUGUAAUUUAAUUAAAAUUUCUUUGAAGCACCUACCAAUGAACAAAUGUUUUUAUAAAUUUAAUUAAUAUAAACGUGUACGUAAAAAUCAAUUACAUCGUGUUACCGACAGUAUAUAAUCAUCAAUUCAAUUAAUUGAUUUUGUUGUACUUAAUAAAUUACAAAUUAACA